AUGAGUGGCAAAAGUGGAGGUAUCCAGUCCUCCAUGACCGGGAGUAGCAUGCCAUCUUCCGCGAGCGGUUCCAGUGGCAUCCGAUCUUCUAGGCGUACAGCAAGUGGCAUGGAGUCUGGACCGAUGAGUGACAUGCGUUCUGGAGAUAGGGCAUCCAGUGGAACGUUCGGGGCGCAGUCUGCAGCCAGUAACCUGCCGCAGUCUGGGACCAGCAAUCGAACCAGCGGAGGGGAGCAACCUGUGCAGAGCGGGAUGUUGGGCUCAACCACGUCUACCGCGCGGCUAAGCGGCGAAUCGGGUCAGACUCAGAGCGGUCUGCAAAGUAUUGCCCCAGGGUCUGAUCGUCCAGGGUCUUUUGCAGUAGAUUCCUCCGCGACCAUCGCUGAGGAGGCCCACAAGAUCUUGAGUUCAUCUUCAGGACGAAAAAAACAGAUGCUCCGGAGGUCGAGCGACCGGCCUUCGCAGUCGACUGUGCAAAGCGAGGGCGCACCACCAGAAAACCGCACGGAGCAGAUUUUCGGGAAACAGGAGCUGUCUCCGCGGGGCCAGAUGCUGAGAGUGAAGCCCUCCGCGAGUGCCUCGGGAUUGAGCAUCACAAGUGGACAGAGUGGGGCCUAUAACAGCCUUAAGUCAUCCAGGGCCACAGGGGAUGACAGCACAACGAAUAAGGGCAACCACAGUCCUCCAGGGCCGGCCCAGAUGGACCUCCUCCAAGGCAGCUUACCGAAUAAGCACCAAAAGGAUCAGCUAGGUGCCUCGGCCGGCGGCGCGGGCGGUGCUCCUUUCAUUUUCUCGUCCUCCUCCAGUGGCGCGAGCGACGCCCCGGCAUUGACAUCGAGCAGCGGCACGGGGCUCGGCGGCACACAGCUGACCGGCAGCAUGCCGUUCGGGACCGGGAGCACGGGGAGUCUCUCCGCCUCCUCCCGCAGGGCGCCCAGAGAAGGCGGAUUUCAGAAGAACCAAGUGCCCGCCCGGCAGCACCUCGACCAGGCGGGGGUUGGCCCCGGGGGCGUGCGGUUCAGCCCGGUUUACAACUACCGGAACAACGUCCCCGCGGGGCCGGGCUACAACCAGUCGGGCAUGCAGUUUCGCGGGGCGGACGUGGUGCAGGAGCAAAAGGACCCGAAUUGGCUGCACAAGGACAAGCCGCAGCCGAAAUUGGUGAAUUUCCAGCCCAUGAACCCGGUGUACGGCGGGAUAGGGAAUCAAGAAACAACCCAGCAAUUCCAGACCUUGGAGCACCUGCAGCCGCAGCACGGGGCGGCCAACUCGAUUUACGGGGGCUUCAAGGAAAAAAACCGGCUCGAUUUCUUCGACCGCCGCAUCGGAGGGGUGGACGAAUUCGGCAUCGACCUGUACGCGCAACAGCGCAAGAUGGGGGACGGGGAGUACUUGGAGGUGGACCCCCUGCACGGCUCGCACCAGCAGAACUUCGUGGAGCGGGACCAGUUUGUGAUGUACGAGCAGCAGGGCGCGACGGAGAAGUUCGCGCGGAACAAGGCGGGCACCGGGGCGGACUACCUGGCCGGGGACCAUCAGCAUCAGCAGAUGGUGGCUCCGGGGCGGCAGGUGGAGCGCAAGUUGAAGCACAUCGUGCCCGGGUCGGUGCCGCAGGAGAAGGACGUGCAGUACAAGCGUGGGCCGAACUACCGGAUCCUGUCCAAGGGCGGAGACCAGGACUGGAACGCGUCGAUGCGGCAGGGCGUACAGUUAUCCUGUUGUUGAAAAACGUCUCUGUGAGGACCCCGACCCCGUAGUCAAGUUGUAGAUGAGAAUUCGAAUUGUUGUUGCGCAUGACAAAUCCGGGCUCGUAGUGUAGUCGUGGUAGCGAGUGCAGCCGCAUGGCAGGUAGAUCAUCUAUAUCAUGUUCCUAGCGUGACAAACACCGAGACGGGACUAGUGAACGCUCCUCAGGAGGCUACGCAUGACGAGAAACUUUCAAGUCAUGUCGAUUUGCAUGACCAUCACCAUGACAUAGAUGGAGCGGGGGGGACGUUUUCCCUGUUGAUAGCAGUUCAACCCGGCAGCGAUGGACGCGAACCGCGUGGAUUCCCCCCAGACUGUCGCCCAGGCAGGCGACUGGAUGCGGGGGGACACGCCGUUGUACAUGCCCGGGGAGAAAAUGACGGAGUUUCUCACCGCGGAUCAGGCGCGGCACCGAACCCGGUACCUCGACGCCGUGCAAAAGCAACACGCGAAGUGGGAGCUGCCCGAGCCGGAUCUGAGCCUGGUUCCCCCAAACCAGCGCACCGCGGAGAUGCAACGCCGCGAGCAAAUGAAGAACUACGCGCCGAAGGUGAAUGACGCCUUCGGGCUGCAGCAGCGGGUGCAGAUGGCAAGAGAGCUUGGGCUGGACGAGGCGCCGGCCAUGGCGACCGGGGUGAGCGGCGCGGCGGGCAGCGUGGCCAUUCCUCCCUACUACACCACCCCGCGGCUCGGGACAGCAGCACGCCCGGUACCUGUUGGGAGCGGAAGUGCAGCUGCGCCGAUGUCGGUCCAGAGCGGAAUGUCAAGUGGCCCUCGCGUCGCUGGAGUUGGGAGCACCGUGGUGCAACCGGCAGAGAGCAUCAUCGACCAGCACCAAGAGCAGGCGAGGGCGAUGGGAAGAUCCGGCAGCGGUCCGCCACCCCCCAUGGUCACCGGCUCGAUGAACAUGGGCGGCGCGACCGCCAGUGGGACCAAAAUGAGCACCCGGCUCGGCGUGGCUUCUCUGAGCCCAAGUCUGUCGCAGCAGACGGGCAGCGGGAAGGGCAAGCAGAAGCAGAGAUACCCCGACUUUCCCGCGAACACGUACCAAACAACCAACCUCUCCCCUGGCGCGAUGGCGCAGGUGCCGACGUACGUGCCCGCGCGCCCGAAAAUGACGUAUGAGCAAAAAGACUUCAAGUGGGGCAUGAACGCGACCUACGCCCAGCAAAUGACCGCGCAGGGGUACAGCGGAACAUUAAACGCGCCCGACCGGCCGGAUUUGGGGAUUAAGGAUCCGAGACUGAACGCAAAGGUCCUGGAAUACCUCGCCCGGGACGACAACGAAGUGAAUUUAUCGGAAAGGCUCCAGACCGUGGUUGCGCAGAACCAGAUCAUCCGGCAACUCGGGGUGAUCCCGCUGGAGUUCGACUCCCUGGACGCGCUGCACCCGCGCAACUUAGAGGUGAUGAAGCAGACCAUCUACCCCACCAUGGCGAACGACCACAUGGCGGUCGCCUGGAUGGAGCGCGGGCACGUGCAGCGGCGGGGGAUCUUCGACAACCGCAUGGACCACGAGGCGGAUGAGUACACUACGCAUGUCGAUGACGAGGAGAUCCAGAAGAUGCUGCGGGAGAUCAUCCAGCCCGGGCACCGGGGGAGCUUCCACGACCGGUUGGAUGAGCGGCAGCUGCACUUGAACACAACGAAGGAGAAUUUGAAUCCCUACUUGUUAGCUCGUCCGAUCACGACGGACGGGCGGUUGAAGUCCGCUCCGAUCCGGAACAAGCAGUUGGAGAAGAUCAUCGCGGAAUGCGAGGCGGAGCUGAUCAACAUCGAGCACGACAUCCCGGAGAUUCCGUCUUUCGUCGAAACCUACAAGUACGGGGAAGUCGAGGGCUUCCGGCUCGGCGACAUGGAGAGCCUGUUCCACGGGGUGCAGGACGACCCCGCGAUCGAGAAGGAGAACCGGCUCCGGUGGCUCAGUCCGUCCUCCGGCCGCGUGCGGGCCGGGUCCUUCGAGGCGAUCAUGCACGAGCUGAAAAUGUCGGAUAAAAUGGACAUGGCCGCGGUGAAGCGGGGCGAGCGGGAAACGAGCAGGAGUUACACGUCGCGAAAGCUGGAGGCGAUCGCGAAAGUCCCGGGAUUUAACGACGAGUACGAUGCGCUGCAAAUGUUUCCGGAGUUCACCGAGGCGAUGGAAACGGGGAAGACCAUUUUGGAGGAGCAAGCGGAAGUGUACAGGCAACGGGAGCAGGAGGCCAUGGACGCCUAUCGCCGGAAAAAAAUGGAGGGUGGAAAGGUGACUAACGUGAGCAGCGCAGUCGUGAGUGGACAACUACAGGCGGCGGAAGGGGAGGACAACAUGGCUUCGAUGGCAUCAGGGAUGUCCUCGACGGGUUCAGCAGCAGCGCGAGCUUCCACAGCGUCCACUGGGAGUAGUGCCGCGGGUCAAGAAGCUCCUGCUGCACCUCCGCGGAAACCAACGCAGAACAAUUUAAGCGGUGCUAUGGGCGAGGGAAUGAGCCUUGGCCCGCAGGUUGCGUUGUUUUACGACGAGGACGACGAACGGCCGUCUCGCGGCCGGUCGGACAUCUUGGGCUCCGCGGGGAUUGUUGAUGACGACGUGGCGGGCGCAGCCAACAUGGUCAGCAUGUUCACCGGGGACGACGACGACCCGGCCGGACACAAGAUGGCCGCCAAUUAUGUUGACGCCACGCAGGAGCGACCGGUGAUACAGCGCCCGACGGCGAUACCGCCGAACGCCGUGGGGGGUGUGGGGGAAGUCAUGAUGAACCCGAAUGCGCCCGCCCCGAGAUCAUUAUACAGCGAGGGCAACCAGCAGCCCCCGAGUUCCACACAUGCGCACUACCCGGGCAGCAAAGUUUCUGGAAAUAGUAGAAUAGGAAGCGGUCAAAAUACUAAAGGCCCUUCAUCGAAAAAGGCAACGGAACCCUACGCGGGCAGCAAAGUGUACUCGCAGCACCGCGACUCGUUCGCGAAACGGCAGCAGCGGGACCGCGACACGUCGUUGCGGCAUUUGAGCCGGGACGAAAAUGUGUUGGACGCGACGAACAACAACAGUUCGCUCGACCGGGUGGGGAGAAACGACGCGACGUACCUGAAAGGGUUGGACCCGUACACGAAGGGCAAGCUGUUCGGGAACGAACAAUCGAUCGGCUCGCGCGCGGGUCUGGGCUGGAAGGAUUUGCAACCGAACGCGCGCAAGAGGGACCGGGACCUCGACCGAUUGGAGAACGAGAUCCAGAAAUCGAUCUGGAACGCGUCUUUGAAAGUGGAAGACUUGGAAGCGAAGGACGACGCGGUCCCGGACAGCUUUCAGGAGCAGGUGCCGCAGUCGAAGCGCGCGUUCGCGGCUUUUCUGGAGCGGUUCUGGCAGUUGGCAUGCACCACAAAUUACCACCUGGAAUUGCGAGUAAAUCUGUUGAAGCAGAUUGUCGCCAAGGAAGCGAGGUACGAAACGUUAACCAGGGAAGAACUGGAACUACUGGACUGCAACAAGCCUGAGGAGGUUUUCGGCUUCUUCGAGAGCUCGAUGCACACAGGGCAAAGAACCCGCGCACGGCAUUUUGAGGGCCUGACGCGGCGCGCGAGACGGAAUUUGGAGGAGGAACACGUCUCCGUCGCGGCGAUGGACUACAACGACAUCAUGGAUGAGAAGUUGAACCUCGAGCAGGAAAUGAAGCAGCUGGUCGAGCAAAACGAGCAAUUGGUCGCGUUGGAGAAGCACGAGCGCCGGCUGAUGGAGCAGGACAUGCGGGAAAUGCUGCACCAGACGCUGGUCUGGUGGGACACGUAUAAACUGCAAAAGCAUCGCACUCGUAUAAAUGCAUAUACAAAUACUCUCAGCGUCAGAAAUAAAAUUUGUAAUGCGGAUUUACCAUACGAAAAUGCAUGACUGCAAUACGAGUGCGAUACUUUUGCACAGGAUAACACGUUGCGCAACCGGAUUCUGGCCAAAGAGGAGGAGAACAGCACCAUCUUGGAGCAGGAAGUGCACCGGUUGCGGUUCCUAUCCACAGUAAAUUUCCCGUACACGUACAAAUUCGGAAUCUGCAUGACAAAACUUGGGCUCUGCAAGGUAGCGAAACUUGUCAUGCAUUUUGUAUGCCCAUGUACAGGAAAUUUACAUUGCAUAGCUCCAGUUCGAGGACUACGCGAGCCACGAGGGCCGGUUCCGGGAGGAGUACGCCGCGUACCUGCGGGACCGGUCCGGCGUCGCGAAGGACCUGCAGCACAUGCUGGGCUUGUGCACGGUUUCCGAGGCCGCCACGAUCCGGAAGGAAACGAAGAUGGUGCGGCAGAAAACGCAUCUGCUGGAGAUCUUGCUCGACGCGCUGGAGGAGAUCCGGUCGGUGAGAUCGAUGUACUACAACUUGGAACAUUUCAGCAAACUGCCGGAAUACUGGCGCGGCCAGGAAAACGCGGUGGGCGUCGACGCGCACAAACACGACAAAGACGUGGGCUUCUACGAAAACACGGUGGACAAGCUGAUCAACCGGUACAAGCCGUGGGAAUUGGAGCGGGACAAACACCGGCGGCCCGGGGAUGUUGCGCACAAGACCUCCGAUUUCGUCUCCGCGGGGCAGGAGGUGGCGAGCCGGGUGUUGGAGAAGAUCAACGACAAGGCGGGGAUCACGAAUAACACCAAGGGCGCGAGGUACAAGUCGGCCCGACAGUCGAUUGAGAAGCAAAUCAGCGACUUGGCAACCGUGUUCUACAACAUGCGGCACCGGAUUUUUUCGGAGGACUUUGACAUUGCGCGGUGCGCCUACAAGGCGGGUUUAGCCGCCGCCAAGGCCCUGCCAAUCAUUGAGUCUCCGGUGCCGUUGUCGGUGCACCAAAUACGACGAGAGCAGAAAAGCUUAAUGGAGUUGCUGGACAACUACACGGCAGUGGAGCACUUGUAUGAAAUUCUAGUUCUUUCUGAUGAAUUUAGCUUUGCGACAUCGGUUUGAUGAUGUUUGUGAUUCAGUUCUUGAACGAAUCUUGGGAUUAGGUUUUCCACGUCGCUACGGCGUUUUUCAUGAAGCAGUCACGUGUUGUACUUAACAGGACUAGCUGCCUUUCUCAGAUGCAUCCGUACAGUGGUACAGUUCUUUUUCGUCCUCUCUUCUCCACAGGUACAGCUCGGACCCGGCGAUAUCGCAGAACUUUCCGAAAGUGCUCAAGUGCCGCCUCGAGCUGCUCCGCCGCUGUUUGGACACGAUCGGCGGCGGCGACGUCGACCGUCUCGCCUCCGGAAUCCCGUUGCACAUCCGCGCGAUCACCAUGGGCGCGCAGGACAAGGACAUGGGUGAGCUCGGGAAGAGGGGCGAGAAAGUGCCCUUGGACAACUCGAAAACCGGGCAACCCGGCUCCGACAUGUGGAAAUCGCCCGGUCUCGACGAGGCGGAUGAUUGGAGCCAGUCGAAGAAUCCGUACCUGCAGAACUUGAAAGAAGUUCCCCGCGACGUGCUCUGGGGCGGCCCGGUGAAACGGCCGAAGCCCAAGGACUACCAGGCGAAGGCCAAACCGAAGGCGAAGCGCCGGAGGAAGCCCAAGCACCACUUCGGCGGCGGCGACGACCCGUCGAGCGAAGGCGAUGGCAGCAGCAGCAGUAGUUCUAGUGCCAGUAGCAGCACUGCCUCCGAAUCCUCCUCGUCCUCGGAGGAUUCCUCGGAGGAGGAACAAUCCGAAGUGCAGAGUUCCGUGCGGCAGAGCUCCCAGCGCGACGGCAAAAAACCGAAGAAGCGGGCUCAGUCGAAGAACGGGCCGAGUACGAAGAACAUCGUCAGCAACAGCGCUAUCGAGGGCUCAGUGCGCCAGAGCUCGCGGAAAUCCGACAAGGGCGGGAAGCGUGGUAAGGACAAGGUCAAAAUCAAGGCCGGCGCACACAAGGACGAGAAAUCAAACAUCAAGUCCGGCGGCAGCUCGGAAAGUUCAUCGUCCAGCGACAGUGAGUCCUCCUCCGGGCAGCGCCCCUCCGGGGCGACGGCGAAGGCGAAAGCCAAGCCGAGAGCGAAGUCGCGGACGUCAGCCAACAUCAUGUCGAACGACAAGCCGGGUGGACAACGCGGGGGAGGCGCGAAAGGCGCGACGGACCGGAUCUCGUUCGUGCCGCGCCCCUCCGCGGCAUCAGAAGUCGAUGCGGUGGACAGCGACCUGCCACAGAUUCCGAGCAUGACCGGGUCCAUGAUGGGGUCCGCGACGGAGGACAUUCCCGUCGCCGGACCGGGCCGAGGGAAAGAAUUCAAGUCGGGCGUGGCCAUGCCGGACAAAAACUCCCCGCUCGGGCGGCUGAGCGGCCGCACCACCGGGCAGAGCGUCGUCACCGCGGGAUCGCCGAGCCAGCGGUCCAUUCCGGAGUCGGCGAUUCGGGCGUCCAGCAGCUCGAGUUCGUCCUCCUCCACCAGCGGCGCGAGCCAAAGCAAGAGCGCCGGACCCUCGGUAGGUGGGGGCGUCGGGGGAAGUGGAAGCGGGAGUGGCAGCGGAAGCGGAAGUGGGAGCAGUAGUGACUCGUGAGGGCGAUGAAAAAAAUUUUAAGAAAUUAUAUAUGUGUUUCCAGAAAUUUUGUAGCAGCGCCAGAAAGUUGAAACACGUAUUACUCCAGAGAACUUUAGUUUGUUAGAUAGCAUACGUAUUGCAGGUAUUCACUUCUACGGUUUCCAAAAAGAUUCUCAUGACUUUUCUUCUAUCUUCCUUGUACGAGCGUGUAAAAUUAAAUUCCAACCAACCAUGCAGUUAUCAUCGUGUACAUCGUCUGUGCUCACUUUUAUCGAAAAAUUCUUCACUGAGAAACAAACCCAGAAAUGACAUGAUCCUGCUCAUUGUACAGUGAUUGAAUGAAAGCUUACUGCUCUAUCUAAUCAUCAUCCUAUAUCGAAGAUCCUUGUCGUCGUGUAACUACUCGUCCUAAUGUUUCCGACGUAACGAACAAAACGUGGGGUAGACAGACCCCGCAUUUCUGUGCUUCCUAGAAAUGAUAAAACGUAUUUGUUUCUGUUUGCACAUGAUCUUAUUUGUACACAACCUAACGAACAAGUACAAGACGACUGAACAC